GGGGUUGGCAUUGAAGCUUCGGGAAUGGUUCGAGAAGACAAAAUGAUUACUGUACCAGAUGAAAAAGAAGUUCCCUCUGUCUCUAAAACCCCGCGGAAAGCUCUCGCAGUUGUUGCGACGCGGCUCCCCCAUCACAUUUUGUCACAAAUAUUUCAAUACCUCCAACUUUCUGAUCUCCGCAGUUGCACACUUGUUUGCCGGCAUUGGUACAAUGUACUGAAUUUUGAGGAUAGCGCUGUAUGGCGAGCAUUAGCUCAAAAGAAAGUUUCUGAAUCAGCCUUAGCCGACCCUUACUUGUUGAGUGAGCUCAAUACCUAUAAGAAAAAGCUGCGAGCAUUUUACUAUGCUUGGAAUCCGAACGAUGUAUCGAAAAACAACUAUGUUCGUGCCAAUGGGUUCACUGUUCAUCGACAGCCAGUGGCGCAAAGUACUGAUGGAGUUCGAGGAAAGAUUGGUGUCUCACAAGGAGUUCAUGCCUUUGACAUCACUUGGGAAGGUCCCCUUGGGACGGUGGCAGUUGUGGGAGUUGCAACAAGACACGCAGCUCUUCACUGUCCUGGGUAUUUGCCUUUGCUGGGAAGUGAUGACCAAAGUUGGGGAUGGAACCUUGUUGAUAACACAUUGAUUCAUAAUGGCGAACAGCUCGGUGUUUACCCACGAGUGAAUAACCCACCAAAGUACCAGGUUGGAGAACGAGUACGGUUAGUUCUGGAUUGUGACCGGCACAUUGUCUACUUUGAACGCGCUGGCAGCGAAUUCUUGGGCCUUGCCUUCACGGAUUUGCCACCAGUCAAGCUCUUCCCUGCUAUCUGUGCGGUGUAUGGAAAUACUGAAGUUUCCAUGGUUUACUUAGGACCACCUGUGGUCGGAUAAUCUCUUGAGUCUUGUUCCUGGUGUUUACAUUCGUUCAGCGCUUGGUGCGGUUGGAUAUUCAUCCUGAAAGCGUUGGGGGGAAAACAAGAACGGAUAGCUUAAAAACUCUAUAACAUGGGCGAACAUAGAACCCUUUGGUUAGUAUACAAGAAAUUAUUAUCAAAUAGGGUUCGUGUGGAAAAGCACUUACUUUAUUGUUAUUUUGCCGCCUUCAUAUCCGCUCCCAAUCCAAUGAUCAGUGUGUCUUUUUGUAUUUACUUGCGAAGGAAACUCGAUGUUGCGAGUCUAAUGCAUGGAAUGAAUGAUCCAAUAUGCCAUCUGCGCCGAGCCUUCUGAAUGUUACAUAUUAGAGCGUCAAGUGUCUCACAUAAGUAUGAUUCGACGUUACUUAUUGUUUUGUCCAGUCCAUACGCUGGCUCUAGUUUUCUAUCCUUAGCUAGUCGCUCUUUUACUUUUUGUUCAACUUAUAUUCGCUUUAAGUUUUUACUGGUAUAAUCUUUCUAAUUCGCAUAAUACCUUCUACCAACAUUCCGUUCUGCUAGUCCUGUUUGUGCCAAAUCUCUAGCUCAUGUUGUGUUGUUGCUGUGUAAUUUAUAUCACUUUUGUGUAGCCGUGCCAUAAAAAUGAAG